AUGUCGAAGCGGUCGAGGAACCACGAUCUUCUGCUGCUGCUCAUCGUCAUCACCAUCCUUCUGGUCUUCCUAGUCGAUCAGUCCGUCGCUUUCGGAGCCGGGAAUAUACCCUCGUACGCUUACCUCGAAGACAAAGCAUUCAGGCAUGGUGAUAUCGAGGAUGUCUUGUCUGAAAUAGCUAAAAAGGCUGGCGGUGGUAUCCUUGGAGGCAUGGGGGCCAAAAAGUUUGGUGGACUGGACAUCAAAAGAGUUUACUUUGGGAAUUGGCUUCGAGACUAUUCACAAGCCAUGGAUGUUGCCGGUCUUUCGAAGCUAGCAAGACAAACGAUCAUCAAUUUGGUUAUGGCACUAGGUUUUCUAGCCCACGGCUACGCAACCGACGAGUUUGAAGUGACCGAGGAGAGAUUGGGCGUAUACUUACCGGUCGAACAUAUUGAUAAUCCCAAGGGUUACAAUGACGGUCAAGAUGCCAGAACAGUCCAUCCUGGAUUGAGGGGUCCUGUUGACCCUCAAGAACUACAGAUUGAUCCUCGCACGGGCAUGAAAAACUAUAUCGCCAACGAAAAUGGAACUUGGGAUACCAGCGCGGCUUGUAUCAGGAGGACAUUGUUGAAAUGCAUCGAGGUUGGCAGGAGGGCGAAGGGUGGUAGCGACGCCGAUUCUUAUGAAGCUUAUCGACUUCUCGGAACCGCUUUACACACGCUAGAAGAUCUAACCGCUCAUUCAAAUUGGUGCGAGCUCUCCUUGAGGAGAUUAGGCCACGGUCAAGUAUUCUGCCAUGUUGGCGAUUCAUGCCAGAUUGACACUCCGUCCGGACGUGCUCCACCACUGGUCACAGGUGUCUUUGGUGCUGCCGAUUUUCUUCAUUCUUUGCUUGGAGAGGCAUCAGAUCACAUCAGUGAGGCCAGUGUCAGUGAUUUGACCAAGGCAAUGACCACGGCACGUAGCGGACCUGGCUCCGAUCCCAGUGGCGACGCCCUACGCUCAUUAUUCUUCCAAAUGCCCAGUGGUGGAGGAAAUGGUUUGUCACAAGAAUUUGACAACUUGUCUGAAAUCCGGAGUCGGACUGCACCCAACUCCGGAUUCGAUCCCGCACAGAUGAGUCCUCAGGAACUGCACUCGACCCUUUGGAAGGUCCUCAAAUUUAGAGACAAUGUUUGUAAAUCGAUCGAAAGGACAAUUGAAAAGAUUCCGGGUCUCAGUACACUUUCCGAGAAAAUAAGCAAUGCGGUCAACAAAUUUGUCUUUACGACACUGGAACCAUAUUUGAAGCCUAUCAUGCAAUCAGCAACAGGAACCCUUCACAGCGGCUCCGCUGCAGUGAUCAACAAGCAAGAGCAAUUUGAGGUUUUUGAUCAUGCUUACGCCGACGAUCCUACUCAUUCCUUGCUAAGUAAAGACCAUUUUGCCUUGAUCUUGAACGAGCCCGCCGGUAACUUGGCCAAAAUUAUCGUCAAACAUGCCGUUAAGGGCGUUGUGCAAGCUUGGGGCUCAACCUCUGUUGAUCCUUAUCACACGAUCAAUAAAAUUUUGGAAGCUUUUCAUCAUCCGUACUUUGUUGAUGGAAGCUCGGACGUCCAAAGAGAGAUGGGUGAAUAUAUGAGAGAUUGGAUCGGCAAGAUGUCGUCUCAAGAUCGGGAAUACGUGCUUGGUGCGCUUACGAAAGAGAGUGUCCGCAAUGGUCGAAACAAGAGACGGGGUCAUGUCAACGAUCAACCGCAGGGAUGCUGCGGUGGUCAUGGUUCUGCUACGUUUGGUCAACACAUGCAAGGCAUCAUGCCUAACACGCAAUCCAAUUCGUUCAUGGGAAAGCUCACAACUCAGAUUCCAGGUUACAGCCAAAUGCAAGGAUUUGGAGGCGGGAUGGGACGUGAUAUGAACCCGAAUGAAGUGCCGACUCAAAGCUACGGCGGCAGUGCAAAUCCACAUCCAAUUGGGAUUCCAGACGCGAAUCGGGCCCCAAGGUUCCAGACUGUUGGAGGAGAGUACCCAAUGAGCUCUACAGCAACCGGAGGAGGGGGGAUGAUCAUGCCUGAUGCAGAGUGUCCACUCUCCCCCGCGGGGUACGGGCCCGGGCCAGGAGGCUUUUCGAUCCCGGAGCCGAUGACAAAUCACUCGCAAGUCGACCCCCGUUCGACCCAGUCGGUUUCGUUUCCAUCGGCCGCUGACGGUGGCCCGCCGCCCAUAAGACACGACUCCUAUCCGGCCCCUUCUGGCCCGAACAAUUACCAACAGAACAGCUAUCCUAACCAGGCAUUUCCUGCCCCACCCAUCCAUUCUAACACAUGGAGUCAGAACGACUCUUGGAAUCCUAACUCCCAAAAUACCCCCGGCUAUCCUAAUUACCAACAAAGACCUCCUCCUCCCGCCGCUUGGACUUUUCCAGACAGUCAACAGCAAGACUUCCCUCCUCAAGCUUGGCCUCAUCCUUCAAAUCAAGCUCCCCCUCCUCCUUCCGGUGGCGGUUACCCUCCUAAUCCUAAUUACCCAUAUGGCGGAGGAUACUGA